GGCAUGGGAGGUGGUUUUGGUUUCUGCAGUUCAGUGAGGUGAAAAGUGGAAGGUUGCAUCAAUUCAGUUGUAGUCACGUUUUUCUACAUUGAAGGAACACACACAGUCUCUCUUCCUCUCUGUCUUUAUUGUUCUUCUUCGAAAGAUUGAAGCCAAUGUACGCUUCGGGUACAGAUUCCGUACCAGAAACUAGUGGAGUCGCAGGUACAGUGGCAAUUCCUACCCGUUUUGUGUGGCCUUAUGGGGGAAGAAGAGUCUUCCUUAGCGGCUCUUUCACAAGGUGGUCAGAACAUGUGCCAAUGUCUCCUAUGGAGGGUUGUCCCACCGUAUUUCAGGCUAUCUGCAGCUUAACACCAGGGUAUCACCAGUACAAAUUUUUUGUUGACGGUGAAUGGCGGUAUGAUGAGAACCAACCUUUUGUGAUUGGGAACUAUGGAACAGUUAACACUGUUCUGUUAACUAGUGAACCUGAACCAAAUCCGGCAAUAUUGUGUCUAGAGACACCUGGCUCCAGGUCCAACAUGGAUGUGGAUAAUGAAAACUUUUACCGUGUGGAGGCAGUGCCAAGGUUCUCAGAAACUGAUCUGGAGGUCUCUCGCCAUCGUAUUUCUGCAUUCUUGUCCACACAUGAAGCUUUUGGGUUACUUCCUGAGUCGGGCAAGAUCAUUACUUUGGAUGUCGAUGUACCUGUGAAGCAAGCAUUCCACAUUUUAUAUGAGCAGGGGAUUCCCAUGGCUCCUCUAUGGGAUUUCUGCAAGGGGCAAGUUGUCAGCGUCCUUACUCCAUUGGACUUCAUCUUAAUCUUGAGAGAGCUUGGGAAACAUGGUUCAAAUCUUACUGAGGAAGAGCUUGAAACACACACUAUCUCUGCUUGGAAGGAGGUAAAACUACUUCUUAACCAGCAUGUUGAUGGGCAUGGCCGAGGUCCAAGACGUCUAGCUCAUGCUGGGCCCUUUGAUUCUCUGAAAGAUGUUGCAUUAAAAAUUUUGCAAAUCAAGGUGUCCUCUAUUCCCAUAAUCCAACACGGUUCAUUUCCAGAGCUACUGCAUCUUGCUUCUCUGUCAGGAAUAUUAAAAUGCAUUUGCAGGCAUUUUAGACAUUCUUCUAGCUCCUUGCCUAUCCUGCAACAGCCAAUCUGUUCAAUUCCUUUGGGUACGUGGGUUCCAAGAAUUGGGGAAUCAAAUGGAAGACCAUUAGCAAUGCUGAGACCAAAUGCUUCUCUUAAUUCUGCCCUUUCACUAUUAGUUCAAGCUCAAGUUAGUUCAAUACCAAUAGUCGAUGAGAAUGACUCAUUACUGGAUAUAUACUCGCGAAGUGACAUCACUGCUUUGGCAAAAGAUAGAGCUUAUGCACAGAUUCAUCUCGAUGAAAUGAGUAUACAUCAGGCAUUGCAACUGGGACAAGAUGCUAGCUCGCCUUACAGCUUCUUCAAUGGACAGAGAUGCCAGAUGUGCCUGCGAUCUGACCCUCUACAUAAAGUGAUGGAGCGGUUAGCAAAUCCAGGGGUGAGGCGACUUGUCAUUGUGGAGGCUGGCAGCAAACGCGUGGAAGGUAUUAUUUCGUUAAGCGACGUGUUCAGGUUUUUGCUUGGUUAGGUGGAAGCCAAUCCCAAAUUUCUUAUGAAAGGAUUUGCGUGGUCGCUUUGGAGAACCCAUACUAAUUCUGAUGAAGCUUUCCACCUGCUUUAGUCCCCUAUGGCCCUUGCCUCCCUGUUGUUCGUUUAGGUGAAUGACCUCAUUUAUUCUAUGGGUCUUUGAUUGGAUGGGCCUCAUGUUUCUGAGCUUGGUCUGCUUAGGCUACAAAGCUAAAAGGUCUGUAAAGUGAGGAUUUGAAAAUUUUUAGCCCCUUAUUCGUCGUUAUCCAUUGCCCUACUCUAAUUAUUAUCUACUAAACUGUGCUGCUGAUAUAAGCUCCCAUAUUUGUCAAGAGCUAGAAAUUAUCACCACCACCACCCUCCCCACCCC